ACACCACUAGAAAAGAGAAAAAUUGUAAUUGUUUUUAAGCGAGUAAACCGAGAGAGAAUCAUAUAAUAGUGGAGAUCAAAGCAGGCCAAUCGCGUUGUGCCCAUAUGCGUGAAAAACUAGAAGGCUGCAACGGGAGCGAGUCCAAAUGUCAAAAAACCCGAGUAAAUCGAAGCGGUGCCACAAAAGUGAAUAAAUUGGGUGCGAAUCGUUUUGGCACGAAUAAUGUCUGCAUCGGUGGUAUGCGUUCUGAGCUCGGACUCGGAGGAAGAGUCCCCACCCGGAGCAAAGCGUCGCCGUCUGGAGGAUCCUCUGCGAGCUGUGGCAUCCGUCAGACAAAGUUUGCCAGCCAAGCUUGUCAACAUACCAAAAGCCUCACUGGGAGCCGGCGCAGUGACUUCUUACUUGCCACCACUUACCUGCGUUCCAACCGAUCCCCUGCAAUCCAUGCACAUCCCUAGUGGCAUAACAGUAACCAAGCAUCAAAAGAACAACACGACAACUAAUGGAAAUAUCACCAUUACUUUCACCGAGAACAAUAACAACAACAACAACACGCACAGCUUUAACAACAAUGUGAAGGCGAAGCAGAUGAAGAUGGGCGCUGCCCAGAAAGUGGCAUGGUCGAUGAGUAACAAGGCGCCUAGUCCAAAUGCCCUGAUAGCCACCGUGCCCAGUCACCAGGUGAAGGUUACACCCAAUCCACAAUACCGUGUAACACCCAUUGGCAAAGUCACCAACCCACCGCCUUCGGUAUUGGUGCCAAAAGCUAUGCCAGCGAAGACUCAGCCGCCGGUUGGGUUAGGUCAGCAGCAACCAAAUCAACAGCAGCAGAAGCCGAUUAUGCCUAGUUCAGGGAAAGCAAAAGCGCCAAUGGGUAUGCUGCAGCAGAUACAGCAUCACCAAAAGGUGCUCGCCGGGCAACUACAACCACAACAACAGCAGCAGAAGGGACUCGUGGCGCAAGUGCAGCAAAAGGCCUCUGUGGGUCAACAGCAGCAACAGAAAACGUUGGGAGUACAACUUCAACAGCAAAAGCCUGUGCAACUGGCACAACAACAGAAAACGGGAGUAGGAGCACAAUAUCAGCAGCAACCAAAGUCAAUUAUGGGUCAACAGCAACAGAAAACCAUCCAGGUGCAAGUUAAUCAGCAACAGCCAGCACCGAAAGUCUCACAGGUACAAAUCCAGCAGCAGAAGCAGCCAACAUCAAAGGCGCGAGGGCAACAGCAAAACCAGCAAGUGCCGAAGGCGAUCCAAGUCGCACCGAAGCCCUCAGUCGUACAACCAAAUAGAUUGUCUUUGGAGCAACUGCAACAACAACAGCAAUAUAGAGCAUACUUGGGACAACUCCAACAGCAGCAGCAGAGAGCGCCGAUUGUUCAAGUACAACCACAGCAGCAGCAGCAGUUGCCACAAAAUUUAAUUGUAGGACAAGUACAGGGCCAACCGUUGGUUCCAUUGGCGCAGCAGCAUAAGAAGCUUCAACAGAAACCAUUGCCGGCAGCUUCCAAUCAACAGAAGACACAAAUGGUCCAGCAAUUACAAAGAGCGUUGAUGGAUCCACAGAAUUCAAACAAGCCGCAGUCGCCUUUCCUUCCAAAUGCCUCGCUGCCCAUUGUCAACCAAAUUACACACAAAUCAAUGACGAUACAGAAACUCCCCAUGGUGCAACCCACGACGACACCCAAGGUGACGUCCAAGGCUCCUCCUAAACAGAUAAUCCACCAACAGACGCCCCCGCCCGCUCAUUUGGUCCAAAAAGUGACCCCACCGCCACCUGGAAUGCUUCCAACUUCUGCCGCCUUUCCACAGAAGAUCAAUCCGCCGAUUGUGCGACCCACGACGGUGGCCAAGAUCACACCUGUGCCGCCCAACACUAGAGCAGCUAACAUCCAAAUAAGGCCACAAGCGUCGGGAAGUAUCACCGCCUCACCAACAGGCUUGAGUGCCGCCCGCACUUUGCCUUUCAGGAGCACGAAUCAUAAGCCGGUAACACCUCCGCUGGCCUCUACACAUCUGCAGGGAUUCACAACGAGCGCUGCGCCACCGCAGCGACUGCUGGCAACACCUCCGCACUGUGCGGCCGCCUUAAAUGAACCGUUGCUCCUCAACUUGCCACCCACUACUAGCAUUACGCCCCAACUUACGCCGACGACUACACCACCUCCGGCGGCAAUUUCGGCUGCAGUGCAGCAUCAGCAGCUGGCCAAGGCGGCGGCCUUCAAGUUAAACUCCCUGCCCGGGGCCAGCAUUUCGCCAGUGACGAGGCCUGGCGGUACUAAGCGUAUUCAGCCCAUAACCGUUCUCAAGAAAUCCGACGACGAGUGGCAAAGGCAUAUGUUUGAGCAGCAGAAGCUGGAGCAAAGGCAGCGAGAACAGUUGGAGGCUAAAACCACGCCCACAAUAGUCUUGGUGGAGUCGCCUCCAACGACGCCGCCCACAGAGAAAGUAGACACUGAGAGUAAGACUGGAAGUACCGAAGAAAAGCAGCAGCCGAACAAGACAAUUCCCGGGGAUAAAAAACGGAAAACUCCACCCAAAUCAAUAUCCGUUGACCCAGUAAUUGUGGACUUGGUUGAUCUUCCAGAUUCCCCGCCCGAUAAGCGAAAGUCACUUGCAAAGGUAGCACCGAAAGAAAAGUCUAAGGAAGCAUCGCAACCGGCUAGAGCGCCUUUCACGGCGGAGUACUCGGCUCUAAUAAAGCUCUGCCUCGAAGUGGAGAAGACGUCGGAGAUGCAGCGCUUGCUCCAAAGCAAGCUAACAAAGCACUACUACAGUGUCCACGAAAGCUUUGUGAUGUCGCGUGGCUUCCGCAAGACGGUUCAAAUGGCCAUCAUGCGUAUCAAGAAUGAGCCGGAAAUCAUGUACGUACACCUUAAGAACGUGAUGGAUGAGCUGAAAGCCCGACAGGUGGCGAGAAUUAGAGAGAGGCCGCCAUCUUCAGCAAGGAAUUCCCCUACACCGAGAUCGUCUACACCCAAGGAACGGAAUAUACAGGAUGAGCAGCGGGUUCAGACCCCAGUGAGGGCGGAAGAGCAGGAAGCUGAAGAGGAAGUGGAGGAACUUGAAUCGGAACCCGAUUCCCCCACUGUUGACAAGCGACUAGCUGAGCGCAUCCGAAAGCUCAAUCAUGCCCUGGCCACAAUCAAGAAGCGGAUCGAAAUGCUGGAGGAGGCGGAUGUAGACUGGAACGACGAUGACUCCAGUUAUCUGCAGGUGGAGCGUUACAAGAAGCGCGCUUGCCAAAUAUAUGAGAAAAUCUGUGAUUUAACCGGCGAGAGCAAGAGCGCUCGCCGUCAGCUGAAGCAAGCCAUAAUAUUUAAGGAUUCUGCCUAUCCGGACUUCAAUCGCACACUGUCGGCCUUUGUGAACCGGAUGCAGGAGUUCCCCGACUACCAUGAUGUGCUCCAGCUGCUGGAGCACUGCAACAAGGAAAAGGAGCUGGGGCUGGCCAACUUUGAGAUGAAAAGGAUAGCUCACGACGCCUUCGACAAGGUGGGGCAAUUGCUGCAGGCCCGACGAAAGACUGAUCUUUACGAGACCGUUACACACUUCACCUCGAAUAUCAAGGAUCCUGCUGCCAGCGAUCCGGAGCUGAUGGCCAAGCUGCAGGAGAACAACAAAAAGGCAACCAAAAUAAGUGAUGUCUUGGAAAAAUUCGCUCGUGAGCAGGAUCUCAAUACGGAGGAGCGUCAGGCACGCCUCAAGCAGAAGCAGGAAAAGGCCGCCGAAGAAGCUGCCAAGUUGGCCGCAUUGGCAGAGGAUGAUGACAAACCCUGUACCAGUGCUCAGGCAGCGGCAAAGGCGGCAGCCGUCGCAGCCCUAAUGAACGGAUCAGCGAAAGGACAUCAAAAGGAAGCUGGCUCCUCCAAGGACAAUGAUGACAACCCAGAGGAAUCGGAGGAUGAGACGGAGACGGAGGAUGAAGAGGAUGAUGUGGACGCCUUUGUGGACAACUUCAAGGUCAAUGGCGAGGUAAGCGAUGUCGACUCCGAAGCUGAGGUGGAGGUAGUACCACCAGCGCCCGCCAAUGAGGAUGUGAUAGAUGUAACGAGAACCGAGACUGCGGCGGAGAAAGAUGUCGAGGAACCGCCUAACGGCAAGCUGAAGAUCAUUUCUGUCUCUAGUCUAAACGCCAACUUCGUCCAUGAGCAGAAUCCUAGCUCCAAGCCGAGUGAAAAGCCUGUCAUUGAAGCGGAGAUUAUUAUUUCGGAUGAGGAGCUAUGAGAGGAGACGCCUCCACCUCCUCUUCCUCCCUCGCCUAGCCACACAGUACUUUAGUUUAUUUAUUAAUUAAUUUGUAAAAUUAUGCGUUACUAAGUGUGUAUACUUUAUAAUUGUUUUUAUGAAAACUCGGUAUUGUAGGACGAAAUGACUUGACUGAGCAAGAAUCGCAUGCAAAAGAGUAAUCUUUGAGCGAGUUACAAAAUAUUUUUAUAUAGAUUUCCUUAGAGAUCGCAUGUCUAGUAAUUAUUUCAAUUUGACUUGAAGCCAAAUGAUACAUUUAUUAUCCAUUUUUUUCUUAUUGGUAUUUUAGUUCAAGUGCGUUCAAAGAUUACUUUAGUCCCGUGUCAGAUUCGUUUUUUCAGUUUCUCCAAGCCACGCUAAUUUAUUGCAGAGCCCGCACCCGUACCAGUAAGUCACAAUAUGCUAGUGUACAUAUGGUAUACAUACUUACUACUAGGCUAAGCUUGUUUUACAAAGUAAAAUAACGAUGAAAUAACUGAA